AUGGAAGAGGACAAAAAACAUUGGAGUUACGACGCGGAAAACGAGGGUGUGUUACGCGACACCCCCUCUCCACUUCAGAUACAAGAAUCCAUUGGGAACGAUGGGAAUACACAAACAGAAGGUAAUGAGCACGGUGAUUCUACAACAGAAGAAAAUAUCAGCAACAGCGAAGUAAAAUGUGAAAUUGAAAUUGUGGAAAAGGUUCAUCCGGAUGCCGAAGAGGAAGAGGCACGUCUCAGAGCUGAAGAGGAGGCACGUCUGAGAGCUGAAGAGGAGGCACGUCUGAGAGCUGAAGAGGAGGCACGUCUCAGAGCUGAAGAGGAAUCACGUCUCAGAGCUGAAGAGGAGGCACGUCUCAGAGCUGAAGAGGAGGCACGUCUCAGAGCUGAAGAGGAGGCACGUCUGAGAGCUGAAGAGGAGGCACGUCUCAGAGCUGAAGAGGAAUCACGUCUCAGAGCUGAAGAGGAGGCACGUCUCAGAGCUGAAGAGGAGGCACGUCUCAGAGCUGAAGAGGAGGCACGUCUCAGAGCUGAAGAGGAGGCACGUCUGAGAGCUGAAGAGGAGGCACGUCUCAGAGCUGAAGAGGAGGCACGUCUCAGAGCUGAAGAGGAGGCACGUCUCAGAGCUGAAGAGGAAUCACGUCUCAGAGCUGAAGAGGAGGCACGUCUCAGAGCUGAAGAGGAGGCACGUCUCAGAGCUGAAGAGGAAUCACGUCUCAGAGCUGAAGAGGAGGCACGUCUGAGAGCUGAAGAGGAGGCACGUCUCAGAGCUGAAGAGGAGGCACGUCUCAGAGCUGAAGAGGAGGCACGUCUGAGAGCUGAAGAGGAGGCACGUCUCAGAGCUGAAGAGGAGGCACGUCUCAGAGCUGAAGAGGAGGCACGUCUCAGAGCUGAAGAGGAGGCACGUCUCAGAGCUGAAGAGGAAUCACGUCUCAGAGCUGAAGAGGAGGCACGUCUCAGAGCUGAAGAGGAGGCACGUCUCAGAGCUGAAGAGGAGGCACGUCUCAGAGCUGAAGAGGAAUCACGUCUCAGAGCUGAAGAGGAGGCACGUCUCAGAGCUGAAGAGGAGGCACGUCUCAGAGCUGAAGAGGAAUCACGUCUCAGAGCUGAAGAGGAGGCACGUCUCAGAGCUGAAGAGGAGGCACGUCUCAGAGCUGAAGAGGAGGCACGUCUCAGAGCUGAAGAGGAGGCACGUCUCAGAGCUGAAGAGGAGGCACGUCUCAGAGCUGAAGAGGAGGCACGUCUCAGAGCUGAAGAGGAGGCACGUCUCAGAGCUGAAGAGGAGGCACGUCUCAGAGCUGAGGAAGAGGCACGUCUGAGAGCUGAAGAGGAGGCACGUCUGAGAGCUGAAGAGGAGGCACGUCUCAGAGCUGAAGAGGAAGAGGCACGUCUCAGAGCUGAAGAGGAGGCACAUCUUGAAAGUAAAGACUCUUCCGUUAAACGACCCAUCCAAUGUGACGAUGGUUGUAGGUGGAUUAGGGCUGAUGAGGUUGCAGCAGUUUCAGCAAUUGAGGGGCCCACAGGUUCAGCUUUAGAUGAUUGUCUUUCGUAUUCGUUUGUUGGUAUAAGUUCCUCUGAAGUUUCUGUGGGAGGGGAAAACUGCGAUGCAUUUAUGGGUAAAGGUGAUACAUCAUCGGCAAGUGAUAACGCGCGUAGUGAUCACUUGACCGGCCGUUCUUGUUCCAAAACAGUGCCCUUGAAACAUCCGUUAACAAAUAACAUUCCAUGCCAUGAUGAGUUUGAAAUUUGCAUGGAGGAAGAGCUGCUGCGUAUGGGUUACGCUGAAUCGGAUAUCCACGUCCGCUACCUGGAACUUCACCACCACGAGACGUCACGGGAGCCUGGGCGUUGUCUGUAUCCUCCUCUUGAGAGUGGAGGUGGUGUCUUGUCCCCACAAAACAUUCAAAUUGGUUUCUUCAGAAGCAAGCAGGUCGUCAUUGCUUCCCACUCCUUGGUAUCCAGGAGAGUGGCUAAGCGCGAGAGGAGCGCUAAAGUUGGUGAGAGGGCUUUAAGCGACUCGCGGUUCUUCUUCGAGAAUGAACUAAUGUCCGACACUACGGUUACAACGGAAGACAGAAAUUUACCUCACAAUAGCCCUGAUGAGCAACUUGUUGAGGAACAGAAACUAAGGACUAACCAAAAUAACCUCGUGGCAGCUGCGCUCUCCCGUUUUACCCUUGGUGACCCUGUUCAAGUGUGGGAGCAGGCAUGCGGGUUCUCCCUUGAUCCUGUCCCCGGUAUUAGGGAUGGUGUGAGACAACUUCCUACACAUGUGACUGGGGAGACGUCUUCGUAUAUAUGGGCACACGAAAUCGCAACUAACAAGCCAGUUCCCGCAAUGAAAGCCUUUGACUCCGGCGUUCUGCUUCGUGUUGAAUGUACGUCUAUCGCGAGUCGACUCCUCGAGGUACACAAGGAUGCAAUAGAUCCUGUCAUUGUAUCGGUGGCAUUCUACAGUAUGGGCUCCAGUACCAAGUUAAAGGUGUCUGAGACAUUUUUUUUUGAUUCGUGUGUCGACAUUUUCUACCCUCACAAGGAGCGCAGUGAACUCAACAGAGAAAGUCGAGCGAUGGCUUUUAUUCCACAAGAGUUCUUCGCCUCCCUUUACCUCGUUAUGCGUGUGUACCGACCCUGCUGUGAGGAUCAGGACAGUUAUGUAGACCUCUACAGCAGACCCGACCGCUACAAAAGCCAGCAGGUUACUCUUAUGAAGCAGAACACACAGCUGCUUGCCAUGAAAUCUGAUAUUUUUGAGGAAAUUGGCUGGUACAUGAUGCCUUGUGUAAAGAAUAAGAGUGUGGUUGAAACGUUGGAGACGACCAAAUUGUACCAAAGAGGGGCACCCGAUGCACAGGUAUUUCAAUUGGUAGAAAAUGAGCGUGCGCAGAAAGCAUUAGCCACACUCCCUUUCUUCGCUUCUUUCAGCUUGAAGCAUUGUAAGGGAUGCGAAGUUGAGUUUCCGUCCCAGCAUGAUGAACCACUUCCUGAGGAAAAUGAGACGAUUAUCAAGGUGUGCACCCGAAGCGAUACCGAAGUACAGGAGGAAACUUGCCGAUUUGUUCCUUGCAUCAUACCCAUACUAAACUCAGGGUUUUUCAACUCUUAUCAUAAUGUGUACUACUUUCGUCUUGACAGGGUGAAACUGGUAAGCACUGGGAUAUUACGAACUGUUCCCUCGACGCACCGCACAUUUGUCAUGGAGAUCAAUGUAAGAGACAACGACACAUCAUUGUCUGGUGAAAACCUACCGCUUUUGUACGGGAACAGGCUAUCAGCAAAGACACUGCAGACGUCCGUGUGGGCCUCAGCUGUUCACAAUUCUCUUGACUUUUCGUUGAGCGAUGAGUUUAAGGUGCAACUGCCACUCCAUCUUGGCGAAAAGUUCCAUAUAUUUAUAACCCUCUAUGCCUGCUGUAAGAAAAUGGACAAUUCUUCAGAAGAAAUGCAGAAAAUGCACAAGGUUGGUUAUGCAGCAUUUCCUAUUAUCCAUAACGGUGUGGUGCGGGUGAAGGACGAGUGGACCAUCAAGUUCAUCGCAGCGGAUCAAGUACUUGAAGGGUCGGAAAAAUCAUAUCUAGAUAAAUUCUCCGAGGCAGCUGACGAGGCGCACCUUAAUGGUGGUAUCCCUGUCUUGUCUGUCAGUACGCAGACACGUACCUCUGUUCAUGCCUCUAAUGCCAUCAUUGCCAGUUUACUGAAGGAGAUGCCGGCUUCGUUGGAGAGUAUUUUGCGUAAUGAUAACUUGUUCCGCGUUUCCGGGAAUUUGAAAGAUAUCUAUAGGUCCGAUGAUGACGCAAUUCACAGCAGUUUGAUCCGUAAAAUGCGGAAACUUCCUCUGGCGGAGAUUCUAGCUUUUUAUCCACUUCUUUCGUUCUUCAUACUGUCGCUGAUCAGUUCACCGUCGAAAAGUGUCAGUUUACCCUGUCGAACCGCAGCUUUGGAGGUACUUCUUGACAUUACAAUCAAAACGCAGCAUUAUGAUCUUACAACCCGUUCGCGUCAAAAACAGCACUCAGCACGGGGUGUUUCCAAAACCUCCGUAACCCGCUUUCUCUAUCACCAUCUUACUAAUGAUUUACUGUAUAAUGGAGAGAAGCAACGCCUCUACGCCGGAUUUGCAGAGACAUGGUUACAUCUACUGGUGGCGUGUAGACCGCAUUCAGAGAACACUGACCAAGGUGCUGGGGAUAAAACUGCGAAGGACGACCGUGAACAAGACAAGAGGAACAUUCGCAAGCGGAUGGCAGAUCUGUCGUGGUUUUUAUUCGGUGUGAUAUUGCGUUCUAUUUACAUCUGGGCACUGGAGAACCCCAGCAUUCCUCGAGCGAAGUUGUUGGACCCCGGUUUCUACUCGAUUAUUGGUGACCUCUGCGUAGAAGCUCUUGACGUUCUUGACGGUUUUGGAAUCGAUGAUGUCCUUGUUCGGCGCACGGCACUCUUUACGAGGAAUCUGUUUAAUUUCUGUGAUCGCGGAAAGGUGCUUAACAUCACCCAACGAAUCGUGGAGUUCUUCGAAAAACGGCAAGAUAUGGAGGGAUUGGGCACGUUUAUGAGUAUCAUUCUUGACGACGUGGAUGUCGUUACGUUGAUGAUUCCUUCUUCGUCAUACACCCAACCCGUCUUUCUUACUCGUAUAUUAGUACAUGCCUUCUCGCUUUUACUCUCCAGUCCAAGCCAGGUCGUGCGUUCCUCAUCUUCGGACGUGCUCUACAAAUUCAUUUGUCGUGUGACAAAUGGUGUGCGUUACCCCGCAACCUGUUUGCGCUGGAUGGCCUCGCAACUCCUUGCUUUGGUACGAGAGGUUUCACUUCGGUGGAAAGCGUAUGUGCAAAUGUGUGAGAAGACAGAGUCUGUUGCUACAAUUGAGGACAAGCGUCAACUCUGUGUUUCGAUACUUUGGAUAAUUUAUUAUGCACCACCAGGUCGUCUACGAAAUUGGUUGAAGGGAGAGCGCGACAGUGACGUAAUUUCUGGUCUUUUGAGCCUUGUAAGUGAUGCGCAACACCUCUUUCGCUACACCGCGGGCGUUGACAAGGCAAAUCCACAUGGUGUUAAGGAACCAACCCAAUGGAUGCGGGAGUGGGAUGCGCGCAUGUCAACGUUUGUUGCUGCAAUUGGUGCAUAUGUGUGCAGCGCAGUCCUCCAUGCUGUUCCUGAUGCACUAAAGAGUCUCCGAACUGAGAAAGUGGAUCCAAUUGUGUUCCCGUUCUUUCAUUUGUUAGAAGGUGUAUUGCAUCUUGGAAAUUCAACAGCCGCCCUUCAGAUUGGUUCCUGUGCCCUACUGGAAGUUGCUCAUUCUAUCUUUCCGGAGAUUUUGUGUUCCACUUCGCGGAUGUGCAGCGGUAUGGCAGUACUUGUGAUGAGUCUGAUGAGUAGUUGUUCGGUGCAUGUGCGUUCAAUGGCGGAGGAGGUGCUGUUCCUGAUGUGCUACGCCUGUUACACGGGGUGCAGGUCAGUCGCAAAAAUCAAGGCGCCGAUCUUCAGCGCAACGGUUUACGUGGCGGAGUCUAAAAAGCGUGACCUUCGUUUAGCUGGAGGUUUUCUCGAACUCCAUCUCUCGAACUUAGUGCGAAAAGCUCAACAGUCGGGAGACAACUUCCCCCCGUUUUCCCAGUCGUAUGUAAAGCGCUGUGAAGCUGACUCAGAAACCCCCGGUAAUGAGGUUACCGCAGGGCGCCGGCAUUGUGGAGAGUCACCAUUUACUUCUGUCGAGCGGAUGAGCCCGAUACCAUCUUGCCUUAUCAGCAACGGUGUGAAUGGAAUCGCAUCACUUGUAGGAAACCGUAGGACAAGUGCUAUUGUUGGAAGCGAACAGGGCAGCAACAACUGUAAUGAACCACCCUCAUUCGCAGAGGAGCUGGCUUCAGUGAGGGAAAUAUCCAUGAUGUUGUUCGGUAGCGUUCGGCAACUGAUGCAGACCGAAUCUCUUCGGCUGAAGGAGGCGAAGGCGCUCCAACACUUCAAACUUGCCGUGCAACUGUUGAGGGUGGGUGCAGUGCAUGAAUGCCUCAGAUGGUUUCAGCGCCUUCAUGAACUGCACAAAGCGAACAACAACAUGGGGGAGGCGGGCAUUGUUUUGUUGUUUGUAGCGGCUCUUUGUUUUCGUCUAACAGAAGCCUUCUACCAAGUAAGAGGAAAGGAAUCACGAGGAGCACGCAUACCAUUUAUUGUGUUCUCCCACGUGUUCUGGCACGAUUACGCGCGGCUUCUUCCUGAAGUGGACACACUUCUUACUGGUGAUGUUUUGUAUACGGUGGUGUCGGAGUUGAGGGUUCUCCCUAGCGACCCCUGCUUGUCACUUUCAGGACAUGUAGAAGUGUUGCGAGGGGCUGCGUCGCUGUUAGAUAAGGAUCAUUAUAACAUCUUCUCUGUAGGUGUGUUAAGCAUUGUUGAGCGUUACUACCGUUUGUUGAAUGACUUCAAAGCUGCCGCCUCAAUCCACUCAGCGAUGGCGGACGGUUGUUAUGCGGUUUCUAAAGAAGAUCGACAAAAGCGGGAGAAUCACUGUUACUUUUUGCUUUGGGCUCGCAUGAACCGGGCAGAAGUUGAGUUACAUGAGAUGGAUGGUAACGAAUCCAUGCAAAACGGAUACAGCCUGCCUCUAAAAUGCGUGUUUAAAAUGCCAGCUAAAACUAAGUUGGAGCAGUUUUUGGAAUGUAGCAAAGACUUCGUUAGGCCCCUUCUCAAAGACGCCACUCCUCUUGUUGUUACGGAAAUGGCGGAGGAACAAAAAGAUAUGGGAGCUUUAGAAGCUUCGAAAUUACCACCGGAAAAUUGCUGUUUAUUAAGCGUGUGUGAAGUCAACCCAUGCUUUUCCAGUGGUAGGCGGAAGCUCACCGACAGUUACGAUAGAAAUGCUUCCCUCAAUAAAUUUGAGUACAUGACGUACACAUACGACAACAGUCGGGAGUAUGGCGACGCCAAGCCGGAUAGUGCUUUACUAAGGAACCGUUUGGUUGUGUACAAAUACCACCUUGAGCGCUCAUUCCCUUCAACAACGAAUGUCAUAGACGUUGCCACUACACAUAUUGACCAGCUUGAUACCGCGGCCACCGUUGCACACGUCCUGGGCAAAAGCAUUGAAAUGUUGCAGGCGCCGGUGGAUAACGACGAACUUGUCGGCACACUGCUACGAGCGCUUACGCCCGGUGGGUUCGCGCGGCCAGGCGCUUAUAUAAAAGAAGUCAUCACUACAAUGAGUACGAAUAGUGCUGUAAUGACUCAGGUGCGAUCCCUCAGCAAACUACUGAAGACGAAGUUGACACUUUGCGAAAAGCAUGACGCUCCACUAAAUAGCACAGAGAAUUACGCACUUGUUUUAAAGGCUGUGAUGGAUAUAGAGUGUACGCUUAUUACUUUGGAUGACAAGGUAGGGGUAGCCUGCAGUCAAUAG